AACCGGCACAGCAGAGAGGCGUGGCUACAGUCGGAGCCAAAAUGGCGACUACAAGGCAUGAGUUUCUCACUCGGCACUGAUUCAUCGAAACGUUCGUAAGCUAAGCUAGGUGGCUACUAGCGCAACAAGGAACUACUCAGACAGGCAGAGAUCUGCAAGUGGGGGGCAGUUGAAUAUGGCUGAACUUGACCAGCACGAAGGAGAGCAGGACCUCGAAAAGAAGAUUGAGGACACGAGACAGAGAUUCAAGAACGAGUUUCUCCAAGAUUCAACUGAUAAAUAUGACUCCCGAGAUGUGGAGAGGCUUCAAACAGACGAUUCUCUGGUGGAGGGCUACAUCACAUGGAGACUCUAUGUUGUCGAUGAUGCCUUAAAAAUGAUAGAUGAGAGUCUUCAGUGGAGAAAAGAGUUUGGUGUGAAUGAUCUUACUGAGAGCUCCAUCCCUAGGUGGAUGUUUGAGACGGGUGCUGUUUACCUCCAUGGCUAUGACAAAGAGGGCAACAAGCUCUUUUGGUUUAAAGUCAAGCUACAUGUCAAGGAUACAAAAACAAUUCUUGACAAGAAGAAGUAUGUUGCCUUCUGGUUGGAGCGGUAUGCAAAUAGAGAACCUGGGAUGCCACUAACCGUUGUAUUUGACAUGAGUGAGUCUGGCCUCAGCAAUAUAGACAUGGAGUUUGUGAAGUAUGUUAUUAAUUGCUUCAAAGUAUACUAUCCAAAGUUUUUGUCCAAAAUGAUCAUUGUGGAUAUGCCUUGGAUCAUGAAUGCUGCAUGGAAGAUUGUGAGGUCGUGGCUGGGCCCCGAGGCAAUCAGCAAACUGAAAUUUGCAUCCAGAUCUGAGGUCCAGACAUUUAUUGGCCCCGAGUACCUGCCACUCCACAUGGGUGGAACGGAUCCCUUCAAGUAUAGCUACCCACCUCUUCCUGAUGAUGACUUCCAAACACCCAUCUGUGAAAAUGGGCCCAUUGUUAGUGAGGAUGACACGGAGAGCAAAGAGGGUGAAAUGGAGAGCAAAGAUGCGCUUGAGUCCAGUUUCAACUCUGAGAUUGCAGUGAAGCCCAAGAAGGUGAAUUUCCUGGAUGACAAUGUGAAGGCAGAGGAAAAUGAUAAAGGAGACAGUGCUAGGACCAAAGGAGCUAGAAAGCCACUGACCACCUUUAAAGGCCCAUUGCUGGAUGUUAGCCCUGCGGAGGAGCUCAGCUUUGGUUCGGGAGAGACUGAGAAGAAAUGUCUCAUUAUCCUGGACAAUGUGACCAAAAAUCAAGUGGCCUUCAAGGUACGGACCACAGCACCUGAGAAGUACAGAGUGAAGCCCAGUAGCAGCUGUUGUGAGCCUGGAGCAUCAGUGGACAUAGUGGUGUCCUUACAUGGAGGAUCUCAGGCCUCACCACAGGACAGAUUUUUGGUCAUGGCUGCUGAGAUGGACAAUGCCGGAUCACAAGAACUUGCACAGUUCUGGAAAGAAGUACCAAAAGCCAAGAUCAUGGAACACAGAUUACGUUGCCAUGUUCUGCAGAGCAUUAAAACAACAGCGGGAUCUCUCAGGGACAGUCCUUUGGAUACAGGGACCAGCGGGCAGACUGAAUUAGACACAGUGCUCAUGCGAAUGAUGGCCUACAACUCACGGCUGGAGCAGAAGCUGAACACGAGUCUGUGGCUGCAGAAGGUUCUCACUGGGCUCGUGCUGGUCCUCGUGGUGCUGAACCUGCUGUGUCUCCACCUGCUGAGCGCGACCCAGCAGCCGUCUUGACGUGCCACGUCUCCCUCUGCCUGCAUCAGUCGACAGCAGACACAGAUGUUUCCAGCGGGGCCACAGCUGACCACCUGAGGGACGGUCAUCAUUCACGGCCUCCCUACAGCCUGCUGUCAUAGAGGAGGAGGAGGAGUGCUGACGUUAGGGACAUGUGAGUCGUCACUGAGCUUUUAACUGAAGAGACUGUACUUGUCUCUUUACUAAGUACUUGACUGUUUCUGUAACAGAGACACUGUUGUCAGUGAUAUCUGAGUGAUAUCUAUAAUUCAUGUAUUUUUUUAAAAAAACGAUCAUGUAAAGAUAAAUGGCUAUUUAUUGCGCUAUUUAGGAAAUAUUAGUUAUUUUUUGGAUCACAAUGUACAAUUUUUACAUUAAAUAAAUCGACAGAAUAUAUAAAAUAAA